GUGUGUGUGGCGGCCACACGGCCGGGCAACCGCAACAGGCGGCGCAACACAUCGCUGCUCAUCAGGCACCGCACGCACGGAGGGGAGGACGGGCCGGUCACUCGCAACAUCCUCGUUGACGCUGGCAAGUUCUUCUACCACAGCGCGCUGCAAUGGUUCCCCUACCACAACAUCCGCCACAUUGACGCUGUACUCAUCACACAUUCCCACGCCGACGCCAUAGGAGGGUUGGACGACCUGAGGGACUGGACGAACAACGUGCAGGACGACAUCCCCGUGUUUGCUAGCCAGAGAGACCUCACUGUGAUGGAGAAGACGCACUACUACCUGAUGGACACGUCCAGCCUCGUGCCCGGCACCGCCGUGUCCGCGCUGCACUUCCACUCCAUCGACACCACGCCCUUCCUCGUGCACGGCCUGCAGGUGACCCCUCUGCCUGUGUGGCACGGCGCCAACUACCUCUCCUUUGGCUACCGCUUUGGCGAUGUGUGCUACAUGAGUGACGUGAGCGCCAUCCCAGAGUCCACGUAUCCCCUGCUCGACAAUUGCAAGCUCCUCAUCCUCGAUGCCCUUCGCCCCGACCGCUCUAGCGCCUCCCAUUUUGGUCUCCCACAGGCAUUGGAGGAGGUGCGCAAGAUCCGCCCCCACCGAACCCUCUUCACAG